AUGGACAAUACGAAUAGAUCGGAUAAUCAUCGACUACCAGCCAUAGAAGUAUCGCAGCCAGAACCAAAGCGCAGAAGCCGUAAACGCAAGAAUACCUCGGAAUCCCAACAGCAUGAAGAAUCAGAAACUGUUCAGCAAUCAGCAAAGAAGCGUCGAAAUAGCCAGUCGGUCCGAACAUCACCGGACGGCGCCGUCGCAUCGACAUCAUCCACCGCAUCCGUCAACGUACCAGCUCAUGCCGCAAAAUCUUCCACAUCCUCCACAACAACCGCUGCCGCGCUCCCCGCUGGUCCAUCAAUGCCGAGUAUAGCCAGCUCGGCAAGUUUGUCCUCCGUCGGUAGCAACAAAGAUGCCGAAUACACCUCCGACACGCCGGGCUCAUCGGAGUUCUAUGUGAACGACAUCGAUUAUUUCCAUCUCGACAGCCCUGCUACCGUUAGCUCGAUCGGGAUGAGCCCUUUCGGGCGUGACACCAUUGCAAACGGAGACGGUACAGCCGAUUGGCAUACCAAGCAGGAUCACCCAUCGCUACCCUGUUCGGGUCCGAUCACGCACCCGCCGAUAGAAAUGUAUGGUAAAGCCAGGGCCAGAAUUCGCAGUGAGGUGUGGGGAGACAUUAUCACACCUUCACACAAACUACGUUCCUGUCCGCUACCAAACUUGACGUGGGCGAACAGACAGCAGAUGUGGGAUCUGAUGUGUCGAAAGGACGAGUUGGCGUGGAUAGCCCGGGAACCGACCAUGUUUGAUAGCCAUCCAGGUCUUCAACCCCGAAUGCGUGCAAUCUUGCUCGACUGGCUGAACGAGGUGUGCGAGGUGUAUAAGCUGCAUCGGGAAACGUACUACCUAGCGGUGGACUACAUCGAUCGGUAUCUCACCUGCAAGAAGGAGUUGAAAAAGUCACAUCUACAACUGCUCGGCAUUACCUCACUGUUCAUUGCGGCUAAGGUCGAAGAGAUUUAUCCACCAAAAAUCGGAGAAUUCGCGUACGUUACGGAUGGUGCUUGUACGGAUGAGGACAUACUGCGCGAGGAGCUGCUAGUGCUGACGGCUCUCGAAUGGAGAAUCAACCCCGUGACGGUGAUGGGAUGGUUAGGGUUGUAUAUGCAAGUAAUCGUUAGCAGCCGGGAAGAGUCACACCUUAUGUCGGCGCGGAACGAAUGUCCGUCCGCCAAAUCCCCCUCGCGGAAGCGUAAAAUUACGGAUGAAAAUGAGGAUAGCAAUAACAUUAAGAAAAUGAAGGUGGCACAGAAGUCACCAGCUACCAAGACUGAUGAUGCAUUCAUGUAUCCCCAAUUCUCCGGCAUGGAGUUCGCCCAUACGGCUCAGCUUAUUGACCUGUGCUCGCUGGACGUAGGGUUAACCAAUUUCAAAUAUUCUGUGAUUGCAGCCGCCGCCAUCAGCCAUACAUAUGAUCGGAAAACGGCAAUGCUUGUGUCGGGAUUUAGGUGGGAAGAGAUAGCACCGUGCGCCAGAUGGAUGGAACCAUACUUCCAGGUGAUCUGCGACGAGAAUGCAUCCAGCCCGCUCACCUUACUGGAAUCGAACGAACCAAUCAAGUACUGUCACGGGUUGAAGCACGUCUGCCCCAACCUUGUCUCCGACAGUUCCCACAUCAUCCAAACCCACACAACUUCGCUGGAUAUGCUGGAUUUGGUUAGCAUUAAGAUCGAACAGAUGGAAUCAUCUGUGCGCAUGGGUCUGCUGGAAGCAUCACCGGCACCGGUCAGCCUCGAACCGGAGGAUGGCAUCCUAACGCCACCAUCCUCGAAUCGCAAAUCCCUGGAAACGCUCGGUAGCGUGAUCACAGCAGUAUCGGUUGUAGCUCCCGAUGUAAUCACUAACGUUGUAAGGGUCAACGAUGCUAACGUAAUUGGCGCUACGUGGAGUAACAGUUAG